GUCCUGUCAGGUCACACCCCUGACUUCACCCCCACAGGUCCUGUCAGUUCUCCCCUCCAGGUCCUGGAAGACAACGACUACGGGCGGGCGGUGGACUGGUGGGGGCUGGGCGUGGUGAUGUACGAGAUGCUCUGCGGGCGCCUCCCGUUCUACAGCCAGGACCACGAGCGCCUCUUCGAGCUCAUCCUGCUCGAGGAGCUCCGGUUCCCCCGGUCCCUGGGGCCCGAGAGCCGCUCCCUGCUGGCCGGGCUGCUCAAAAAGGAUCCUAAACAGAGGUGAGACACACGUGAGACACAC